GCGACCCAUAUUUAUUAUACAUAUUUAUGUCAAAGGUGUUAAUAAAAAGUGUUAAAUUUUCAAUUUUCAAAUUGUGUGCUUAAAGGUUCUUAAAUUCAAUUUAUUUGACUAUUGAGUUUCACUAAGUUUUUAUUGCAUUAAUUACUUGUGUACAUACAUAAAUACACCCGAAAGAAGAAGUGCAAGAAUAAAAUACAUUGCACUCUUCUAGUAACAAAAAUAAUAAAUACUUAAAUAAAUAUACACAAUCGCACUCAUCUACUUUUAUACCUACGAACUAGCGAACUAGUUCGUAUACGAAUUGUUAGUGGCGGACUAAUAGCGAGCAGCAUAUAAUAACGGGUGAUUUUUUUGAGGUUAGGAUUUUCAUGCAUUAGUAUUUGACAGAUCACGUGGGAUUUCAGACAUGGUGUCAAAGAGAAAGAUGCUCAGUAUGCUUUGACAUUUCAUCAUGAAUAGAUUACUAACGAGCAACGCUUGCAAAUCAUUGAAUUUUAUUACCAAAAUCAGUGUUCGGUUCGAAAUGUGAAAAUCCGCUUUUUUAUCGACAAAUUUUGUUCAGCGAUGAGGCUCAUUUCUGGUUGAAUGGCUACGUAAAUAAGCAAAAUUGCCGCAUUUGGGGUGAAGAGCAACCAGAAGCCGUUCAAGAACUGCCCAUGCAUCCCGAAAAAUGCACUGUUUGGUGUGGUUUGUACGCUGGUGGAAUCAUUGGACCGUAUUUUUUCAAAGAUGCUGUUGGACGCAACGUUACGGUGAAUGGCGAUCGCUAUCGUUCGAUGCUAACAAACUUUUUGUUGCCAAAAAUGGAAGAACUGAACUUGGUUGACAUGUGGUUUCAACAAGAUGGCGCUACAUGCCACACAGCUCGCGAUUCUAUGGCCAUUUUGAGGGAAAACUUCGGAGAACAAUUCAUCUCAAGAAAUGGACCCGUAAGUUGGCCACCAAGAUCAUGCGAUUUAACGCCUUUAGACUAUUUUUUGUGGGGCUACGUCAAGUCUAAAGUCUACAGAAAUAAGCCAGCAACUAUUCCAGCUUUGGAAGACAACAUUUCCGAAGAAAUUCGGGCUAUUCCGGCCGAAAUGCUCGAAAAAGUUGCCCAAAAUUGGACUUUCCGAAUGGACCACCUAAGACGCAGCCGCGGUCAACAUUUAAAUGAAAUUAUCUUCAAAAAGUAAAUGUCAUGAACCAAUCUAACGUUUCAAAUAAAGAACCGAUGAGAUUUUGCAAAUUUUAUGCGUUAUUAGAACGACCAACGACCCAACAGGAAAUUUGAACGGUGACUCAAAAGGAAAAAUUGCGAUCAUUCAUUAAAAUUUUGCGGUUCAAAUUUAAUCAUCUAUUUUGCGUAUAGAUUAUAAAAAUAUUUUUCUAUUUCAAAUAUUAAAACUUUUAACACUUAAAAAAAAAAAAAGAAAAAAAAAAUUAUUCGAGUUAUUCUAAAUUCAUUCUCCACCCAAUUUAUCAAACUAUUUCUUCUACCUCAAACAAUACCCACCCCUCCAACUAAAAUGGAAGAUUUCAAAUUCACCACAACCGAUUUAAUCGAAUUUGUGGAAGAUUAUUUCCAGACUCACACUGAAGAGGAAACUGUUUACACUCUCGAGAUCAAAAGAGUCGAACUCAACUCGCUUUACGAGGAAGCGAAAAAAGCAUAUGCUGCAAUUCGCAGACUUUCUCGUGAAACCCAAGAAACCAUCGACUUUAAUAAAGUCAAAGAUAGAUAUAAAAAAUGCUAUCAAAUGUACCUCUCUUGUUUAGCAUCAAUUAAUGAAAAUGUCGAUUUACGUAAAACACAGGUGUCAAACCAACCUAUAAAGGAAAGACCCUCUGAAGCCACAGCAAUAGAUUUCGGCCCCAAAGUUCAUCUACCACCAUGCGACACUGACAUUUUCUACGGAGAUUAUACAAAUUGGUUCACUUUUCGGGACAUGUUUACAGCAUUGUAUAUCCGUAACCCGACAAUUAGCAAUGUCGAAAAACUUUUCCACCUUACUCAGAAGACCCGAGGUGAAGCAAGAGAGGCAAUUAAAAACACACCCCUUACACUUCCCUUAGCUCCCUUAUGAUGGGCUAAAUACUUGCAAUACAAUAUUUCCUUAGUUGUUAGACAAUAUAAACAUCAAAAGAAUUAUGAAUUAAAAUUAAUUAAAUGCACUAUUUAUAUUGAACUGAAUGCUGACUACAAACCAUUCUCGAAUGCACCUGAAGACACACAAAAAAUUGCAUUCAAAUCGGUCCAGCCGUUUAGGAGGAGUUCAGUGACACACGCAUGUACAGAUUAUUUUAUAUAAGUUAAAGAACGAAAAUAUUAAAGAAAGCAAGCUCUGCAAUUAAUAUUUCGCAACAAUCGAAAUGCAAGCCCAGCUUAAUAACUAGCACGGAAAAAAGCCAGCGAAUCAAGCAACACGCGCACCCAACUCUCACUAAUAGUUUAGUUAUAAUUUAGCAGUCGUAACUCAACAAUUGUAAUUAAUCAAUUAAUUGUCAUGUAAAUAAAUAUUGGCAAAAAUUAAAGCACCCAUUUUGUGUUUUCAUUUUUUUUUAUUAUUUUCAACAAGAAUAAAAUUAACUUAUACAAAGAAGAUUAGUAUUAUACUCAUGUCGAAAUUGAGAACUCGCUAGCGAUAACUCAACAAGCCUGAGUAUUAAAGCGAGAAUACAAGUCGCCAACAGGUCCUUCUCGUCCCUAAUUAAAUUCCAUAGACAAUGUAAACUGGCCCUAUACAAAACCAUCAUUCGACCAGUAUUAUAUUACGGAGCAGAGUCCUGGACGCUACUCGAAAAGGAGAAAACCAAACUGCAAAUAAUUGAAAGAAGUUCUAAAACAUCUUUGGUGCAGUCAAAGGUAAUGGCGAGUGGCGUAUAAAGUGGAACAAUGAGCUAGACUAACUAUUUUCUUUUAAAUAUUUCUUUAUUUAGUGAAUAUGAUCUUUGUAGCCUAACAAUAAAUUAUAGAAUCUUAAAUCUAAUUAAAACUAGACAAGCACAACUAAGUGAUUGAGUUUUGGUUUAACGUUGCUUAUUAGUAUUCUUUUUAGACGUGAUUGAUUACAGGAAUGUACUAAAGUAUUAGCCAAUGGGUUUGGGUGAUCUCGGAGUUUAUAUAUGAGAAUACUAAGAUCUUUAUGAAUAUUUGCAUUACACAUAUACCAUAGUGAGCACAUAAUUGUUUUAAGCAUUAUUGAUUGGAAUCUCUGAAUUAUAUCGAUGUUAGAUGCAGAAGUCGUACCCCACUGUUGAAUGCCUUACAUCCAAGUCAGCUUUAUGAACUAUGUUGUCUAGGCAAAGUUUUGAAUUUUGUGUAAAAGCUGCCCUGCGGUACACCAGCCCUUAUCGGUCGUUCUUCAGAUACGCAGUCUCCUACUUUAACAGUAAUUUAUUCUAAGGUAUUUGUUUGUGGUGCGAUCUAUUGGACAGGCCAAAGAUUUUUCAGCCCAUCUAGUUUUGGUCAAUAAGACAGACUUUGGCAUACCUGUAGAAAGUUGCUCUUUUAGGUAAAAAUUAAACACAAGAAAAAUCAGUAAGCUCGUGCUAUGUUUAGAGGUGCCCCAUCUACAUGAAGUUUCGUAAACAUUUGAUAAACUCUAUUUGAUGUUCAUAGCGAUGCUAUGUUAGAGUAAAAUAGAAAUAAAUGAUCUUAAAGCUUGCGUGUUACGUAUCAGGGGGAGGGGGAUAUUACUUUCUUUACACCCACCGAUAGAAUGGUCGUGACUUUUAGAGUUUUUCAGCUGGAAUCGGGAAAUUUACUGUAAGUAGCAUAUAUUCAUGAUAUAUAAGAUGCUUGUAGAUUAGUUUAAUGUAAUUAGGACUUAUUACUUGUCUUAAUAGCAGAAAUAUCUGUCAAGUUCAAACAUGACAAAUGACGAGCUGUCCUGUCUUUGGUUUGCCGGACAAAUUACCUGUUUCUCAAAUACCUACAUAAAAUGGUGUCUGUUCAUAAAACAUUAAUUAAAGCUCGAAAAAACAACAAAAGAGCUGACAGUUCUUGAAAUAUCUGAAAGCUUAGGAAUUGUAGCUGUUUAAAAGGGUGCCGUAUUCCCAAGGAGGAAGUAAGUUUCUUACUCGACCAAAGCUCAACCAGAAAAAAAUUGCGAUAGGCGAUGUAGAUAUUGUUACAACUGUGAAGAAUAAGAAAAAUAUCUAGUCCUAACCACCUCUACAAAAAAGAGAUUAAAUUUGACGUCAUUAGCCCUUGAGUGUGAUUUUACUGGAGUCUCCGACAGACCCGCUGCAAUUAUAGCCCCUUCUGUCUUAAAAAAACGUUCGUAUUGUUUCAUGGAACGAUCCAAGUUGUAUCAUUGAUCGUACAAAUUUGCGCCGUGGAAAAACUAAGAUCAGAUCAACUUUACAAGAAGAGGAUUGCAAUAAAAUACUUCGUGGUUUGUAUUUUGACGAAAGGAAAGAUAAGAAUUUGGUUCGUAUUGAUAAACAAUGGAAAUUUUACAGAAAACGACAGAUAGAAAUCAUUAUGUGAUUUUAUCGGAACAAAGAAGCAACUAGUAUUUUGGUCAUGCCACCUGUGAGUCGGAGACACCAAAAACUAUUAAAUAAACUACAUAUAUUAUUACAUUUGAAAUCUAAGUCGGUAAAGCUGAGUGAAUUAGCUGUUGUUGUUGGGUGCGAUGGAACUGUAGUGAAUGCAGGUUUCAAAGGUGGUGUUAUUCGUCUGAAGGAGGAGGAAUUCAUUUGGCAAACACAGUGGUUUAUCUGUCAAUUGCAUUUAAAUGAGUUACCAUUACGUCAUCUUUGAUUACAUUUAGACGGACAUCGGAUCGCAAUUACAAAUUUGUCAAACAAUACCUAUAGUCGAAUUUACCUACAAUGUUACCUGAAAUAACUAGGGAAGAGGUUAGUACCGACCAAAAGUAGUUAUACGACGGCUAUCAGUACUGGUAUACAAUGUGGUUUACAAUUUUUUAUUUUUUCUUGAAACGUAAUUAGAUAUAUUUUUACAUUUCAUAUGAUUGCAACUAGUGAAACAAAACAAAAUUGUACUUUUUAUUUUUGUAUAAGUUCGUAGGAUGUUGUUCGCUUUAGUCUACGCCUGCUAUUUCUAAUCUCUCCAAGUCGUCAGGCUUCUGCGUUUACGUGAUUUUGCAACCUCGCUGAAUGUUUCAAUGCCGUUUCGUGAAUAACUCCCGGACAAUUUUUAUAUGAAGAUCACGGUGCAGAUCUGAAUUACGUAUAUACCACGGGACAUUUACAAAUUUGCAUAGGACUUUAUUUUGGAACCGUUGUAUCGCUUGAAUGUAUAUCGGUGCAGCGCAUCGCCACAGUUGAAUUCCGUAUGUCCAAAUAGGUUUCAACGUUUGAUUAUAUACGAGGAUUUUGUUUGAUGUUGUUAGCUGCGAUUUGUUACCGAUUAACCUGCUUAUUUUGUUAUAUCUUAGAUUUAGUUCUGCAACUUUUUUUGUAUGUGCUCUUUCCAUUUCAGCUUUGCAUCUAGCGUUAUGCCUAGAUAUUUCGCAGAGGUUGAGUAUGGGAUUACCACAUUACCAAUAUGUAAGGGAAUAUAUGUAUCUAGCACUUUUGUUCGUGUUGUUUACGUGCACCAUCUCUGUGUCCAUUCCACUAUUUUGUUAAUUGAGGAUUGCAUUCUGUUGGCCGAUUCCACUCCGUUUUUGCCUGUCGUUAUGAUGCAGGUAUCAUCAGCAAAUGUGACAAUUGUACAGUUUGUCGGCGUAGGCAUAUCCCAAGUGAACAAGAUAUGUAAAAGUGCUCCCAGGAUACUACCUUGGGUACACCUGUUUUUAUUGGUUGCAAUGUGGUAUACGAUUGUUCCUGCUUGAUUCUGAAGUAGCGGUUGCUCAAGUAAGAUUCAGGUAAGUCAGUUAGAUAUUGUGGUAAGAAACGUCUUAAUUUUUAAAGUAAACCAUGGUACCAUACUCUAUCAAAUGCCUGAGAUACGUCUAGAAAGACAAAUUGCAAAUUAGUUUAUUUUCCAUCGCAUCUUCCAUUAAGUUUGUUAUGCGAUGUACUUGAUCGAUUGUGGAAUGUUGAGCCCUAAAACCGAAUUGAUGAAUUGGUAUGAUACCUUUUUCUUCAAUUAUGUUCUCAAGUCUUUUGAUAAUGACAGCUUCGAGUAGUUUAGACAAAAUAGACAACAAUGAGAUUAGACGAUAUGACGAGGCUUCAUGUGCACUUUUCCCAGGUUUUUGGACCUUAAUGAUUUCGGAUACCUUCCAUGACAUUGGGACAUAUUUAACAUUUAAGCAGGCGUUUAUUAUCGAUGUAAGCUUUGUUAAUGCUCUGGGUGUUAGAUGUUUCAAUACAUCACUUGUAAAUUAAGUCUAAGCCGGGAGCCUUUUUGGGCUUUAAUCUAAUUUUGAUGAUAUUUUCCACUUCUAUUUUUGUAGUUUGUUGAAUUUCGCUUACAUAUUGCGUUGCUUCUAGGUUUGCGUUGUGGUUUACAAUGAAAUGUUUUCUCGUGCAUUAAUGGAGCUGAACCAUUAACCUAAGUCGUUAUUUGAAUUCCGAUAUGAAAGCAAUCGUUGACAAAGUAUUCCAACGAAAUGGAUAUUUUGGUCACACAAAAAUCUUCUCAUUGCCAUGCUUGACGACGACAGAUAGUAUAUAGGAUAUACUGCAUAUCGAUAAAUUGUAAAAGUAAGAUCAGAGAAUGGUGUCAUUUUCUGACGUGUUCUGGCCUGCGCACCACACGUGAGUGGAGUGCAUCGUACGUUGCCCCAUGCUGUAAUUAAUGGCUGCUUCUGAUCUUCUGAGUUGUGCAGGUUUAAACGUUUUACGUAAAGAUCGCAAGAGAGAUAGUGGUGGAGGCCUAGCAUUCAUACUACACAACACCGUGCAAUAUCGUUUUAUCGAAGGUGACAUCGUCCACAGGGCCACUAUUCUAGAAUGUCAAGGUGUAGCUGUCCGGUCAGGCAAUGUCGAGCUCGAAAUAUUUAAUAUAUACAUCCCCCCAGUUACAAGUUGCCCAACACCGAUACCUACGGACGUAAUCGUUGGCGAACGUCAAUUCUGCAAGGUGAUCAAAGCUGCUACUGUUCACUUCAUACCAGCCGGAGAAUUGCAAAUAUGCGGCCGAAUUUCCCGGCUGAAGCGGCAGUUUUAGCAAAUGAACGUGACUCCUUACACCAGGUCGAUCCCUGCGAUCCCCGCAUAAGGGAUCUCAAUUUAGAGAUUCGACAACUGGUAAACAACUAUAAGCGGACGAAAUGGGUAGAGCACUUGAAGUCCUGGAAUCUUUCCACUGGUGUGAGCAAGCUCUGGUCAACUGUCAAAUCCCUGUGAAACCCGAGGAGGCAUGACGACCGGGUUGAAAUUCAAUUCGGUAGCCAUGCCUCCUCGGACCCGGAGAGGUGCGCGAGCUAUUUUAGCCGACAAUUUAUACUGCACCCCCCGGUUGACAAGGCUAAAAGACGUGUCACCAGAAGGCUGCGCAAAAUGCGAAGCAACGGCGCGCCACUUGUUUUCACCAGUGGGGAGGUUCAGGAUGGAUCAAGUCUUCCAAAAUCAUCGGCCCUGACGGAAUCAAUUCUCUGAUGUUAAAACACAUAGGUUUAACGGGAGUAUAAUAUCUCAAAAAGGUACUUAAUUUGUCGAUAACAACUCUUAAUAUGUGGAAAAUCGGAAGGGCGGUUCCACUACUGAAACCUGGGAAACCCACCUCUUAUCGCCCGAUAACUCUCCUUUCCCCAGUAGUGAAAACACUUGAGGCCUUGCUGCUCCCGACACUCUAGCGGAACAUCAACAUGGUUUCCGUAAAGUGCACAUCCACGGCGACUCUCUUUACCAACUGGACGAAGGAGUACAGACUAAAUCUUAAUAUUCAUGUCGAUGGCACACCAAUACCGACUGUGAAUAAUCCCAAGAUUUUGAUAAUCACUAAAGUACAGAGCAGCAACAAAAUCCUCAAGUCACUAGCCGGUAGCACUUGGGGAAAGGACAAAGAAACGUUGCUGGCCACUUACAAGGCUAUCGGCCGGCCGGUCGUAAAUUACGCAGCACCGGUAUGGUCGCCUGGAUGCAGUGGCACGCAGAUGAGGAAGAUACAGACAUGUCAAAACACCGCACUCCGGACAGCUAUACGAUGUCUCUUGAUGUCACCAGAAGCACAUUUGCACAAUGAGGCCAUUGUGCUGCCUAUUAAGGAGCAUAAUGAACUGUUUACCAAGCAGUUUCUAAAUUUUGCAGAAAGCAUUAUAUGCUUCUGUCUAAAUGGUCCUUAUAGUAGAGAACUAAACUAUUUUUCGAUGUUCGAAAAUCUUAAGGAAUUGGUAGAUAUCGCGCGGUUUUCCAAUCUCCAAAAUGUCUAACAUAGUAUAAGAAAGCUUUGGAGAUAAUUACAACGACGUAAAUCGAAUCUAGAAUCCAGUAAACUUUUGCAUACAUUAUUUUCCAUGUGAUGCAGAUUGUGUAAAGAGAAUAACGAAAGCGUCAAACAUUUGUUUUGGGUAGAAAAGGGGAACCGUAUUUUCAGAAUGAGAAAUAUAGUUUUAUGUAAUGCAAUGCAUGACUUAUCUCUUUCAUUGACCCAGUCACACGACAUUGCGCAAUAUUAGGAGACGAGACUCUUAAUCGUACCCACACAUAAGUAUGUGCGGAUAUACAGACACCUGUAUGGAAUACAGAAAAUCCGUAUAAUAUGUGUGUGCACAAACAUGACCUUGAAAACGUGGGCAACAGAUGUAGGCCAAUUCACUUGUUGGGGCCGCACACGACCGGCGUUAGUUCAAGUCGCGUGCUCCACGCGUUUGCAUGAGGCCAGCAGCAGGAGCCAGAUAAACAUAACGGCCAACAGCGCAGCAGCACGUCGGCAGCACAAGCCUGCUCUUUGUUAUCGUAGAAAUGUCAAGUGGCUACCGCGGAUGCAGCAUCGAUAACAGAGAGCCCUUCGUGUAUCAAGUUCGCGUUGUGUCAAUCAACCAGAACCAAUUAUAAUCUGAAACAAAAACUCUAGCAGCAUACAUAUAUGCAUGUUUAUAUACAUAUAUAUGAUAAUAUUUAUUAGUAGCAACAACAAGAGUAAACAAUAUCAGAACACCUUAUAACUCGUUACGCUCUUAGUUUAUCUAAUACCCACCCCGUGCAUUUGAUUGCUCCUUUUACCACCACAGCAAACGCACCAAUAGCAAAUUGACGCUGAGAGAGCAUAUGCUCGGCGCUCUCACAUUGUUUGCUCUACAGCGAGGAUCAACACGCUCUCAACGUAUCCUUCCUCGUCCUUCUCCGACGCUGAGGGCUGUGGCGUGUGCUCAAAGUCGUUGAACGUUGGUGUUGUAUUACAAACAUCUAUAUACAUGCUUUGGAUGCGCUUUGGGCUGCUUGUCACCACCUUUGUCAGCAAAGCCGACCGACACAUGCUUGCCUAUAGCCAGGGGGUGGUUUGAGUCCAGAUUUUAUUGGCGAGGAUACAAUGAGCUUUGUACAGGAUUCGCCAAGCGGGACAAGGGUUCAGGAUAUAACGGCACACGCAGGUCGCACGUUGGUCAUGCGCUGCAAAAUCAGUCGAACGCCGUUCGUACACACGAUAAGUCACGUGUGGCUACUAGCUCUGGUAAUAAUUAAACAAAAAUAAACACAUAGUUGGUUUUCAUAGAGGUUCAAUCAACUUGACCACAACAAAUUUCAAAACUGUAACCUGUUCCUUCAACUUAACUGUGUAUUAUUGAUUUGUGCUACGAAAAAUGGAACAUAACCUUCAUAACAAUACGCCGGUACAUUGGGGCUAUGGAGCGGCUCCAGUACCAACUACGCCGCACAGUCACUGGGCACCGCCACCGCAAAGUCAUAGCUUGAAACGCGCAAUGUCCGAAAGUGAUUGUGAUGAACUCUACUCCGAGGAAUCCUCGAAGGAGCAAAUUUCUCCAAGCGAAACUGGAAGCUGUCAGUUAUUGACACGUAAGAAGAGGCGAGGUGUCAUCGAGAAGAAGCGACGGGAUCGCAUAAACUCUUCACUUACCGAGUUGAAACGUCUUGUGCCAUCGGCUUAUGAAAAGCAAGGUUCUGCUAAACUGGAGAAGGCUGAAAUCUUGCAAUUAACCGUGGAACAUUUAAAAAAUCUACAAUCAAAAGGUAUUGAGUCGUUCAGCUAUGAUCCUCAACGCUUCGCCAUGGAUUAUCAUAUUAUCGGUUUUCGGGAGUGCGCCGCCGAGGUGGCACGCUACUUAGUGACCAUAGAGGGUAUGGAUAUACAGGACCCACUCCGCCUACGUCUGAUGUCGCAUUUGCAGUAUUUCGUGCAACAGCGUGAAUUGUCGGCCAAGAGUUGUGCCAGUCCUGGAGGCUGGACUUCGGCGUCCGCAUCCAGUGGCUAUCAGACGAAUUGCAGUGCAACACCGUAUCAAUCCUAUACUGGCACACCGACCGCUCAUCCUGGCAUUAAUCCGACUUAUAUGCCCACGCCAAUACAUGCUUAUCCCACGCUGAGCACCUCACCCACCACCACCUCGCACCUGCAGCUGCAUCCACAUCACCUACAACAACAACAACUGCAGCAGCAACCACAGCAGCAGGCGGCGUCGGUACAGGUUAAUCGCGCUUCUUCGGCCAAUGGAACAGUGCCAAGUGAAACGAUGCCCACCAUAAGCCACACAACCAAUCAGCAAAAUCCGCAGCAACAACAACAACAGCAGCAGCAACAGUCGCUUUCAACGCAUCAAACGCAGGCAGCGCCUUCGCACGUGCAGCAAACACCUGUAUCGCAUGAAUCACACCUCCAACAGCAACAACAACAACAGCCGACGGCACCACAAGCGCAGACGCAGCCUCAACACUACACGCAAGAGCACACGCAUCCCGAUCAGCAAGCCGUGACCUAUGCGGACUUAUCCAACGCCCAGGUCCAUAUUGAUCACCGAAAUCCCUCAGCGGCCAUUGCAGCCACUGGCCUAAACUACUCCGGCUCCACGCAUUACCCAGUCGCAGGUGCACAAGAGUACAAUUCAAAUUAUGUUGCUGCCAACGGUUCCAAGCCAUAUCGACCAUGGGGUGCAGAAAUGGCCUAUUAACGGCCAUAUGCAAAUGCACGAGUAUAACAUAACUGCGAAUAUGUGUGAAUGAAAUAACGGCGUAAUGAUAUUCAUAACCUAGUCACGAACAAAAACAAUUCAAGUCAAACUUACCCACUCAAAUUAUGAAAUAAGAAAAUAUGAAAAAUUUGAAGUAAAUAUAAAUAUUUAUGAAAGGCACUUACAUAUUUAAAGUAUGCAUUUAUAUAUG